AUGUCGAAGCCUUUUGAUCCAGAGACGGCGGAGAACUUUGAGGAUAUGGAGAAGCAGUUUGCCGUUAAGGCCGUGGAACAUCUGAUGACAUAUUGGUCGAUUCUGGAGAAGGUCCCCGGCUCGAAACUCCGCCUGACCAAGAUGGACGAUGAGAUCCUCGAGUCUUUCCAGAAGGAAUUCCCCGACUUCGACCCUGCCGAGACGCUCGAUGAGGACAAGAUGAAGAGCAAGGAGGGCAAGGAGAAGUGGCGUAACUGGAUCAACCAGUACGAGAAGAUUAUCGAGGACUUCAACUUCGGUACCAUGCUGCGUGCUAGCCCCAAGGUGGAAUAUGACAGAGAUACCACGAUCUUCGCCAUGCGUAUGCAGUUUUACGCCGUCGAGAUCGCUAGAAACCGUGCUGGCCUCAACGACUGGAUCUACGAGCGCGCGCAGAAGGCCAACAAAUAA